AUGCGCUUCUUCGUCGUGUUCGCCUCGAUGCUCGCCGCCUCGUCGGCCUUCCUCUUCCCGUCUGCCGGAGGUGGCGGAGGAUGCGGAUGGUAAUUUCUUCCCCCGAUCUUUUCCACUUCUUCUUCCCGUUUCAGCGCUCCACCACCACCACCAGCGUGCGCCCCACCACCGGCUCCGGCUUGCGGCGGCGGAGCUCCUCCACCACCACCAGCCUACGCGGCCCCGGCCCCAGCCGCCUACGCCGCUCCAGCCGGAGGAGCCUACCCAGUCGGAGGACGUUAA